AUGUUUGCCUUCUACGGUGGGGAAGGUGUGUACCACCGCUACAUCCUGGUCCUCCAUCUGUAUAACCUGUUUGUGUUCCUCUGGCUGGUCAACUUCAUCAUCGCACUGGGUCAGUGCACCCUGGCAGGGGCCUUCGCAUCCUACUACUGGGCCCGGAAGAAGCCAAGCGACAUCCCUGCAUUCCCCCUCCGCUCGUCAUUUAUCCAAGCCCUACGUUGCCACACAGGUUCUCUUGCCUUUGGUUCUCUGAUCGUCACUGUGGCGCAGAUAAUCCAAAUUGAACCAAUCGCGUACCUGAAGAGACUGAAAGGUUCCAAAAAAACAUUUUCUCGAUUUGUGUCCUACUGCUUAUGGUGGUCAGAAUUUUUCCUCAAGUUCUUAAAUCGAAAUGCUUACAUUAUGAUGGCAAUAUAUAGAAAGAACUUCUGCGCCUCCUCCAAGGAUGGUUUCCUCCUCUUGAGGAGGAAUGUUAUUUGGGUGGCUGACCUGGACAAGGUGACGGACUUUCUGCUCUUAUUGGGGAAAAUGCUUAUUUCAGGAAGUGUUGGGGAGUUUCAUGUGUUCUUCCAUUUUUCUUCUUAUAAAAUACCAGUCAUUCAAGAGGAGGUGCCGUCCCUAUAUUACUUCUGGGUCCCCCUUGUGACGGUGAUAUUUGGAUCCUACAUGAUCGCACGCUGCUUUUGUAACGUCCAUGCGAUGUGUGUGGACACGUUGUUCCUGUGCUUUUGUGAAGACCUGGAGAGGAACGACGGUUCUCCCUCCAGGCCUUACUACAUGUCUCCUGGCCUGCAUAAGAUCCUGCGCAAAAGAGAGGACUUUUUUUAUUGGACUGUUGACUCUCUCACUCACUUCUCCAUAUCGACUGUAUGUGUGAGGGUCCGGACGUUUGAGAGCGAGUACCGUUAG